AUGGGUUUGCGUGUUUAUGGUAGGGGUGCAAACCGAAACAAAUUGGUGGUCCAUACUAUGUAUCCACCUGCAAAUCGUAGUAAUCCGCCGAAAGAAAAAGUUCCGCUCGAUAAAACACUUUCACAACGCUUUUUGGGGUUUUCCAAUGGCAUCCACAGUUUUAUGUCUAAACGAAUAAGGCGACCUAGAAGGGCCGUUGAAAUUCAACGUGCCUAUUUGGAUGCGGUUGUUGCGGAUGGUGAUCUCAAUAAUUCAGAGUUGCAAGAUGUUCCCACCGCUUACGACGAUCAAGAUAAUGAUGUUUCAACAUCUUUGAACAGCCAAGACAGCCCUCCCCAAACAUUUGCAUCAGCUUUAAAACAAAAUAUUCCCAUCCGUGGUGUUUUUAACCCACAUUUCGAACCUGGGACAAGUUCUCAUCAGAUUUCUGUACCGGUUUUCCUUGCUGAUCGUGCCAAUGUGCACAGGAUUGAUCCAGAAUAUGUUGAUUUUGGCUUAAGAAAUUGUCAAUGUCAAUAUUGCGGUGCUCUGUUUUGGUCUACAGAACAGUCUGCGAAGAAUGCUUCAUCUUCUACCUUGCAGUUCACCACCUGUUGCAUGAGUCAAAAAGUAAAAUUCCCACGCGUUAAACCCACCCCUCCUUAUUUGGAUGAUUUGUUGAAUCCCAAAAAUUCUCGAAACAACUUGCAAUUUAAAACAAAUAUUAGAUCAUAUAAUUCAAUGAUGGCAUUAACAUCAAUGGGAGCCAAAGUUGAUGCAUCGAUCAACAAGGGUCGGGGUCCUUAUGUUUUUAAAAUUAAUGGUCAAGUGCAUCAUUUGAUGGGUUCUUUAUUGCCUCUGGAGGGCGAAAAUCCUAAAUUUGCACAACUAUACAUUCAUGAUACUCAAAAUGAAGUCAGUAAUCGUAUUGGUUGUUUUAGUGGAUCAGAAACGGUUGAAAAACUCGACCAUCAUGUUGUUGAUGGCCUCAUUAAAAUGCUAGACGAGUGUAAUGAGGUUGUUAAGCUUUUUAGGCUCGCUAGAGAUAUGAUUGAUGAAGGAAGUCAUUUACGUUUGCAUUUAUACGAUGCACAGGCUAACCAUGAUGCACAAUAUAAUUUGCCGGCGUGUGACGAGAUAGGUGGCUUGAUAGUUGGGGAUAUCGGCGAAUUCCACACUGAAAGAGAUAUCAUUGUGGAGCAUAGGACGCAUGGCCUACAAAGAAUCACAAAGUUACAUCCUAAGUACAUGGCACUACAAUACCCUCUUCUUUUCCCCUACGGUGAAGAUGGGUAUAAGAAAGGCCUUCCUUGGAAUCCAGAUUAUAAAGGGAAAAAACCAAAAAUUGGGGGAGUAUCACUGAGAGCGUUUCUAGGUUAUCAAAUUCAGGAUAGACCAGGACAAAAUGACACCCUAUUGAAAGGUGGUAGACUGUUUCAACAAUAUUUAGUUGAUGCAUAUGCCACGCUUGAAGAAGAUAGGUUAGAUUUUAUUAGGGCAAAUCAAGAUUCUUUUAGAACAGAAAAUCUUAAAGCAAUUCAUGAAGCACUCAAAGCAGGAAAUACAAGCAGUUCUGGUGUUGGCAAGAGAGUCAUUUUGCCAACUUCGUUUACUGAUCUACGUGAUAAACCUGGUUGUAGGCCUGAUAUAGUCUCCCGAAUUUUUAAAGCAAAGCUUAACCAUAUGAUUAAAUUCAUCAAAUCAGGGAAACCUUUUGGCGAUGUUGAAUCAGUGAUUUACACGGUGGAGUUCCAAAAACAGGGUCUUCCUCAUUGUCAUAUCUUGGUCUGGGUGAACAAACAUUAUAAAUGUCAUUCUCCCUACGAUGUUGAUUCUAUCAUUUCGGCUGAGAUUCCUGAUGCAGAUGUUGACAAAGUUGGGUACGAUGCAGUUUCACAAUACAUGAUCCAUGGGCCAUGUGGUCUUGCAAAUCGAUUUUCACCAUGCAUGAAAGAAAACAAAUGUUCAAAAAAUUUUCCAAAACCUUUCACAAGUGAAACCACUUUUUCUGAUGAUGGUUUUGUUGCAUAUAAGCGUCGGGAUAAAGAAAAUUUGUUUGUUCUAAAAAAUGGAAUCAAGCUUGAUAACGCAUUUGUUGUCCCUUAUAAUCGUGAGCUAUUAUUGAAUUAUCAAGCGCAUAUCAAUGUUGAAUCAUGCUGCCAAUCAACACUCAUCAAGUAUCUUUUUAAGUACAUAACUAAAGGUGUUGAUCGGGCUAGAGUUGUUUUUGAAGAUGAAAAGGAACCAUCGGUUGAAAGAUUGUCUGUACACCUUCCAUCUGACCAAAACGUUGUUUUUAGAGAGACCGAUGAUCUGAACUAUGUUAUCAACCACCCUAAUCUCGAAAGAACAAUGUUAACGCAAUGGUUUGAAACCAAUGUCCAAGACCCUGAUGCACAUAAGUUAUCUUAUGUUGAAUUUCUGACAAAGUAUGUUUGGAAAAAUGAUGAGAAACAAUGGAGCCGUAGAAAACAAGGCAGAUCUUUAGGUAGGGUUGCGUAUGUUCACCCUGCUGCUGGUGAAUUAUACUAUUUGAGGUUGCUGCUAAACUACCAGAAAGACAUCUUUAGUUUUGACCAUUUAAAAACCGUCAAAGAGGUUCUUGAACCCACAUUCCAAGCUGCAUGCAUGUCCCUUGGUUUAUUGGGAGAUGAUAGGGAAUGGAAUAGCGCUAUGUUAGAAGCAGUUAUCACUGCAUCAUCUUUCCAAUUGAGACAAUUGUUUGUCACAUUGGUACUCUUUUGUGAUGUUACUGAUCCAUUAGCUUUGUUUGAAGCACAUUGGAAAACCAUGUGCGAUGACAUUUCCAAGAACAUGCAUAACGUUUUUGGGCUACAAGAUCUUUCUAAAUAUCAGGAUGAACUUAGAAAUUCGCUUUUGUACGAGUUAGAAAAGUUGUUUACAGCUUCAAAUAGUUCUCUAUCAAAGCAUCACCUACCACAACCAAAUAAUCUAAUGAUGGAUAGACUUAAAGCUAGGAGUUUGAGAGAAGAGUUAAAUUAUGAUGUUAACUCACUAAAACAAGAGCACUCACUCCUGAUUGCCCAAUUAAACAAGGAGCAAAAAUUAGUUUAUGACAACGUCAUGGAGACGAUUGACAACAAUAGAUCUGGCCUAUUUUUUGUGCAUGGUCAUGGUGGAACAUGCAAGACUUUUUUGUGGAACACCAUCAUAACUAGAAUUAGAUCCCAAAAUCAAAUUGUUUUAGCGGUGGCUUCAUCUGGAAUUGCCUCCAUCUUGCUUCCUGGUGGAAGGACGGCUCACUCUAGAUUUAAAAUUCCUAUCAACAUCACUGAUUGUUCGGUUAGUGAAAUUAAAAAAGGGACUCAUCUUGCAAAACUAAUCACUGACGCUACUCUUAUUGUUUGGGAUGAAGCCCCCAUGAAUCAUAAACGGUGUUUUGAAACUCUAGAUAGAUCCCUUCGUAAUGUUCUUAAAGGAUCAAAACCAGGCUUUGACAAUUUGCCAUUUAGAGGUAAACCAAUUCUUUUCGGAGGUGAUUUCAGGCAAAUUCUUCCUGUUGUUCCAAGCGGAAGUGUUGCUGACAUCGUUCAAGCUUCAUUUACGAGUUCAUACCUUUGGUCCUAUUUAACUAUAUUUUUCCUUAAGCAAAACAUGAGGCUUUCAAAAACAGGUCUGAACGAAGUGGAAAAAAAAGAACUCGCUGAUUUUGCAAAGUGGAUACUAGAUAUUGGAAAUGGUACUGUUGCCAGAUCUAUAUCUUCAACUGAUGAAGAAAGCUCUUGGAUCGAAUUUCCAAACCAAUUCCUUAUCCAUUUUGAUGAAGAUCCCAUCAAAGCCAUGGUUUCAGCUGUGUAUACAAAUUUCAAAACAAAUUUCCGAGAUGUCUCAUAUCUGAAAGAAAGAGCUAUUGUGACGCCACGAAAUGAUACAGCAACUGAAAUCAACGAUUUUGUGUUGGGUAUAGUACCUGGCGAAAGUCGUACUUAUCUCAGUUUUGAUUCGGUGUCUUCUGUAACAGAAAAUUCUGAAAAUUUAGAUAUGCUUUAUCCAAUAGAAUUUCUAAACCAACUUGAUUUACCUGGUUUGCCGCACCACAAGUUAUCUUUGAAAGUUGGUGCCCCAGUGAUGUUGAUCAGAAAUUUAAAUCAAAGUCAAGGGCUGUGUAAUGGAACACGAUUGGUUGUAACACAAUUGAACGACAGAGUUGUACAAGCAAAAAUCAUGACGGGAAGCAACAUUGGCGAAAGAGUUUAUAUCCCCAGGAUCAUUACUGAAUCAUCUCAGCAUAAAUAUCCUUUUACUACUGUUUUUUCUCAUGGACAACUCUAUGUUGCGCUAUCCAGGGUCACCUCAAAAAAGGGUCUCAAAAUUGUUAUUGCUCACAAUAGUGACAUGCCUUACGGUUAUACAAAAAACAUUGUUUAUAAAGAUGUAUUGAAACAUUUACAUACAGAUUCAAUGUUAGGCCUUGACAUUCAUUUAGAGGCUGCAUUUAACCAGUUCAUGCAGGGGGAUGCGGUUCAUGCAACCAUUAACAGUCGAGACAUGCAAUAUUUUUUUAACCAUCUAAGGGUUGGUGAAGCAUACGAAAUCAACAAAUUUCGUGUUGUUCACAACAGGACAUCAAACAAGGUUGUCCCUCAUGCUGCCAUAAUUGAAUUGAACAGCAAAACCACAAUCGUUCCUAUUGACAAAACAAGCCAGGAAAUCCCGAUGCAUUGGUUCAAUUUGAUUGAGCUUGAGCAGCUUUACGAAAGAAUCGAUAGGGAUGUUGAACUUACAGAUAUAUUUGGUUGCUUGAAGGCUGUGCAGCCGAUUGAAGAGGUAACCAUCCAACGCACAAGAAUUGCAAAGAAGAGAAAUCUUAACCUCCAAAAUAUCAGGGGUGAAACAGUGAGAAUCACCUUAUGGGGAGAGACUGCGACAAAUUUUGAGGACAGUGGAAUACAAUCGUUAUUGCCACCCGUGUUUGUUGCUUUGACAGGCCUCAAAGCUAAACAAUACCAAGGAAAGCCUGUUCUUGGAAGCACAGGAUCAACCAUUUAUAUUUUCAAUCCGGACAUUCCACAACUCUCUGAAUACAAGCGCAGGUUUGAGCAUCUAAAAUCACCUAUUCGGAUCUUGCCCAGCUUAACUGACAUGUAUACGGGGCAUGUUAUUGGUGCUGAUUCUGAACCAAAAACGAUAGACGAGUUGCUUUUACUUGAUCCUACGUUGCACAAGAAUGCAAGUUUCACAUGCAAAGCGACUGUUGUUGACUUCGAUUUGGCCAGAGGACCUCUCCAUUUUGGUUACCAACUUUCGCUUAGAAUGUAUGAUUGUCUAACACAAAAUAUCCUCCUCUUGCACAGGUUCAAGAUCAAUCUGAUUGUCGAAGAUAACACGAACCAACACAACUUCCUCAUGAUAGGAAGGCAAGCCGAAAAGAGGCUUGGCAUUUCUUGCUACACUUUGGUGAUAGAGAACGGACACGAGGACCCUUUCGUGGUGCCGCCAAUUCUUAACAAUUUGGUCGGCAAGUCAAAAACCUUUCAACUAUCUUUUGGAAAGAAAAACAGCGACUUUGCAAAAACAGACUUCAUCGUUAAUGGACUGGUUGAAGACCAACCGCUCUCCAACCCAACGAUUGCCUCAGUCAUACCACAAACACCCGCUACCAGUGUAGGCAAACAAAUUACCAGUCAAGCAACCCCCGCCCCAUUGACACUUUCCCAACAACCAGAUCAACAACCCAAAUCAGUUGCACCCGCCAUAACUUCAAAGAGAGUAUUGUUCCCUGAUCAAACGAACAAACCUGACAGCAAAAAACCUUGCCCCCAGCAAACAGACACAACCAAUUCUACAAGAAUUGCUAGAGAAUUCCACAAUCUGGUUGUCCCCAAAAUUGAACCCGCCGACAAAGUGCCGAUAGCCGCACUCAAGAUAAAAACUCAGGCCAAAAAAACCAAAGAUAGUGUGGAAGAUGUCCGAUCUCAGAAAAAGUGA